AUGACUAAGUUGAACUUCCCGGGUAUUCGCGUCUCGUCCAUAGCUGUUGAUAGUAAAACGCAAUGGGAGCAGAGUACGGUGGAGCUGGGCCGUGGGCUCACACCACGUGGCAGCGUGCUGGCGCGUUUUACUCAUCUUCAGCACGAUGAGUUUGAUUACGUUAUCGAAGUUGACAACACAAGAGGUAAAAACGCAAUGGGAACAUUUCGCAUAUUCUUGGCACCUAUUACUAAUGAAAAAGGAACUCCGCUUCCAUUCAACGAACAAAGAAGACUCAUGAUCGAGCUGGACAAGUUUUCACAGAGCCGAAAGAACACAAUCCAACGUCACAGUGCGGAGUCAUCAGUUACCGUUCCAUUCGAGCGCACCUUCCACAGACAGAGUGACAGACCAGGCGAAUCGGGUUCUAUAGAAGCCGCCGAGUUUGACUUCUGCGGCUGCGGCUGGCCUCAUCAUUUAUGCUUCUGCCCAAGGGCACGAAAAAUGGAUACCCGAUGA